AUGACUGGAGCAAGAGAAGCAGAUGCGCCAGCGAAUGCUGGAUCACCAUCAUCCACACCAACAGGAGAGAGUUCUAAGCGAAAGCGCCGCGUUUCAACUGGGGAAUCCCGACGGAAGCGAAACCGCACUAAGGGAUUGCUGAAAUCCCUCAUUUCACUGGAGCCCUACGAUACAGAUAUUGCAGAUAACGCGCAGAUGGAGGAGUUCUGGGGUGAAAAGCUGCCGAGUAAUGAUAGUGAGGUGAAAGAAACUGAGGAAGAGAUUGCCGCACGCAAAGAGGCCGAGCGAAAGGCCGCACUUCGGGAAGCAGAACUAGAUGCCGAGCUGCCAGAAGAGUACCGCAGGUUCAGGCCCCGUGGCUAUCGUUUCAAUUUACCACCCACUGACCGUCCUGUUCGUAUUUAUGCCGACGGAGUCUUCGACCUGUUCCAUUUGGGCCAUAUGAAACAGCUGGAGCAAGCCAAAAAGUCUCUGCCCAACGUCACCAUGAUUGUUGGUGUUCCUUCGGAUAAACUCACACACAAGUACAAGGGAUUGACGGUAUUGGACGACAAGACUCGCUGUGAAUCCCUUACUCACUGCCGCUGGGUCGACGAGGUCGUGCCAAACGCCCCAUGGUCUGUAGACCAAGCAUUCCUCGACAAGCACAAGAUUGACUAUGUUGCCCACGACGAUCUUCCUUACCAAUGCGACGGCGAAGCUGACGUCUAUGCAUUUGUCAAGGAAAAGGGGAAGUUCCUUGCCACGCAGCGGACAGAGGGUAUUUCCACAUCGGAUAUCAUUACCAAAAUUAUCCGUGACUAUGAUUUAUAUUUGAUGCGUAACUUUGCUCGUGGUGUUUCCAGAAAGGACCUUAAUGUUUCGUGGCUCAAAAAGAAUGAGCUUGAUGUGAAGCGUCACGUCAAUGCAUUCAGAAAGUCAUGGCAAGCCAAUUUGAACAAUACCACUAGGGACCUCUACGGCGAUGCACUCGGCUUGAUGCAGAGUGUGUUGAAAUCAAAGGCAUCCUCUGACGAAUUCGAAUCUUCGUACCAGGGGGGCUCGGGGUCGGACCUCAAACCGUCACGGACCUCUGGUGCUAACUCCAACCGGUUCCUUGACAAGGUCCGUGACUGGAUUGACCAGCGGAUUGAGUCUAACUCGGCAGCUCCCAGCGAAACAAACAGUGUGGCGGAGAGUGAAACGGCCAGUGCUCUUAAUACUGACGAUUCAAGUGACGAGGCCUCCGAUGCCGAAUCACAGGAGGAGAGUUGA